GACAUUCUUAAUGAUUUCAAUACAAUAUAUCUUUUCUUUGUAGUAUUAUCUGCACUUUUCUUGGCUUGCUACCGUCGAGAGUUCACAUGAACUUCACCUAGGGCCCGAUAAUCGAACUUCAUUAGUUAGAAAGGGGCGCUCCAGUAAUACUCCAUCCGCACAUCUGACCCUAUCCCCAAACCAAGGAUGUCUAAUAACGCCUUCAAUUCCAGUUCAUUCCCUGGGGUCGCUAACUAUCAUCUUAUCUAGCAGAUCGGCUAGUUUCUCUGCCUCGUCCUUGUGCAAUCGGUAUGUAUAUCUAACACGCUAUCAUCGCACCUAGCGCGAUAGACGAAUUAUGUCAGCAUUCGACUGCGUUCAACUACGUUGCUUUUGUAAAAUGCAACGUUGGCGAUGAUAUACUUGGCUUGCAUGUGACAGCGUGUUGGCUGAUACAAGUGCCGGAAGGAUGGGAUGCCUCUUCCCCCGCGUGCAUGUUUGGAGUUGAGCCGAGGCGUUUACCCCAGAAUCCUAUACGUUAGUAGGGGUAGUCUUACCUCCGUUAAAACUUUACAUCCCACCCACUCAUUUCUAUUCUCUUCAAUUUCAAUCGCGAAGUUGAAAAUCUCCAUAAUGAAAAGCUGGAUGGCGAAUAAUUCGAAUGCAUCGCAAGCGCCUGAAACCCCCUUGGCCGCAACCCUAGCGUUGCUUCCAUGGCACCUUAUUCUCGCCGCCCUCGCUAUCUCAUACCUGACGCUCGUCCAGCAACUCCGUUUCCGCGCUCUGCAACAACUUGAGCGCAAAUACACCCCGUACCUCACAAACCCCUACAAACUAACCUACCCCCAAGCCCGCGAAAUCAUGCACCUCUCCAUGCUCUACGACGAGCCCUUCCUCUCCGUCUUCGGCACGCAAUGGGCCCUGGUGAAAUCUUAUGGAAUGGCCACGGGCACGCCCCUCCUGAUCAAGACAAGGCAGCUGGCUGACCCGAACAAAGUUGGUAAACGCGCCGAAGACACGGCCGUCUUUCUCGUAGAGCUGCUGGCGGGGGAUAUUGAUUCCAAGCGCGGGAGAUUGGCCAUGGCGAAGUUGAAUUGGUUGCAUGGGAGGUACGAGAUCAUUGAGGGGGAUUAUGUGCACACUUUAGCGUUGUUUGUGCUGGAGCCGAUGGCGUGGAUCGAGAGGCAUGGGUGGAGACCCUUGACGAGAUUGGAGCAGGUAGCGCGUUUGGUGUACUGGCGCGAACUUGGUAAGCGGAUGGGGUUCGGCGGUGCCAUUCCUGAGACGUUGGAAGAGCUGAAGAUAUGGAAGGUCGAAUAUGAGAGGAAGCACAUGUAUUACAUCGAGUCGAAUCGCAUAGUGACGGAUGCGACGGUUGAUUUAUUCUUGCGGAGUACGCCCAGAUUCAUGCAUAGGUUUAUGCGGGCGAUCUUUGUGUCGUUCAUUGAGGAGAAAAAUGUGAGAGAGGCACUGGGGUAUCCGGACCCGCCGGCUUGGGCGGUAUUUCUGACGUCUGGCUUCUUCACGGUGCGGAAGUGGUCUAUACGACAUCUGUUCCUGCCUCGCAUGAAAAUGAUGGAUCCGCUGGCUAAGCCAGGGCUUGAUAGGAGGUUAUAUCGCAGUCCGGAAUUCGUGGGGUUUGAGCCAUGGUAUGUUGCAGAUACGCGGUAUAACAGAUUGUCGUUGUGGAUGAGAUCAGGGGGCAGGUUAAGUCCAAGGAAGGACUUUGAGAGUCGGGGGUAUUUGCCAGAAGAGCUGGGUCCUGUGGGGUUUGAGAAGAUAUCCAGAGAGCCAGUGAAAAAUCAAGUGCAAGCAGAGGACGAGUAUGUUAAGCUACGUGGUUCCGCGGCUUCAUGUCCGUUUGUCUUUGCUUAGUAUAGUAAACAUCCCCAAAACAUAGCAUGAGAUUCGGGAUGUAUUUUCCCAGAGAUGUACACGAAAACAAGCGACUAAAAACAUAACAUAG